CCAAACCAUCGAAUUCAUCUUCCGACCCUGAUUCCACAAAGAUCCAACCCUUGCCCCCAUCAUCUCCGCUCCACAUAAUCCUCGAGACAACGAACGCGACACCAUGCGUGUCCAGCGACUGCUGAGCCUGAGGAUGGCAUCGCACUCGUGCCCCCGCCCCGCCGCCGUGGCGCCGCGCGCCUCACGCCCGCUCUCCUCCCUCCUCCUCGCCCCCUCGCCGGCCGCCGCGCCCUUCUCGUGCGCGGCGCGGCCGUGCCGGGGCCUCGCGGCGGCGUCCCCGUCGCGCGGCCCGGCGGGACAGAGGUUGCCCGGCGUGUCGGCGAUGUCGUCAUCGACCCCGCCGCCAGGGCCCGUGCAGAAGUCGGAGGAGGAGUGGCAGGCCAUCCUCACGCCGGAGCAGUUCAACAUCCUCCGCCUCAAGGGCACCGAGUACCCUGGAACAGGUGAAUAUGACAAGUUUUUUGAUGAGGGCAUUUAUAAAUGUGCUGGAUGUGGAACUCCCUUAUACAAAUCAUCUACAAAGUUCGACUCAGGGUGUGGCUGGCCGGCAUUCUAUGAGGGACUUCCUGGGGCCAUAAGACAGACGCCGGACCCCGAUGGGAGGCGGACAGAGAUCACAUGUGCUGCCUGUGGAGGACAUUUGGGGCAUAUAUUCAAAGGGGAAGGGUUUAAGACGCCUACCAACACGCGACAUUGUGUUAACAGCAUUUCUCUCAAGUUCAUUCCAGCCUGACGGCUGAUGAACACCAACGUGAAACCUGACGACAGAAUGGGAGCUUGGCCUUUGUUGGGUGUUUUCACAGUGUAGGCAGAUGAACGUUGUUGUCUGCCGUUGAUCAUUAUGUUACUCAUCCUUUAGACGACAUACCAUCCUGUUUGUGAAAGCUUAAUAAAUUUUGUGCGAACAAGCUUGAACGAAGUUUUGCCUGAACUUUUGUCAUUUCAUUA